AUGUCUGGCGAAAAAAGUGACCAUCCGCUGGCCCUGGCAGCAGCACACCCGCCUUGUGUCAGACGUGGCCUGGUGCUUUCCCAAACCAUGAUCGAGGAUGAAACACCGUCCAUCUACGAAAGCCACAGUUUUUUCCCAGACACGUCGUCGUACACGAUUAUCUCGUUGAAGCAGGGCCAGGGGUUUAUAUUUAACCAGGACUUGUUUGCCACGCCGUACCAGCAGCUGAGGGCGUUGGCCAAUGAACGCAAGAUCCGUGCUUUCAGUAUGUCUCAGGCACGCAAGAACAGCAGUCCAAAGGGCAAGGCCAAGGAGAGCCAGAGAAGAAACACGUCGUAUGAGCUUCGACCCCAGUUUCGGGGCCGAGCCUCGGGAAAGUACGAUUCUGCCAUAGAGGACGAUUCCAUGGACGUGGAUAUGGAUUCAGAUAAGGAGGAGCCCGAGCCGGGGCUGCCGGAAGAGCUGGACGAGCUGGAUCUCGAUCUGGUCAUUGUGGAUGAGUAUGAUGACGAGGAUGAAGAUGAGGAGGAGGGAUACAUGGCUGGGUAUAGCAAAGUGAAGGUGGCCGACAUUGUGGUGGAUCCGAACGAUACGAGUUACCUUCCGACAGAGGAGGAUUUGCAUGUCCAGGUGGACGAUCCGGGGAUACAGGGAUGA